GGCCCCAGCGCUAAAAUUCAGAACCCCGCCUGCAGUUUAUUUUUCGAUUUCUGACACUUAAAAAACGGCCACUUCACUCGGUCGUGAAGUGCCGUGCUCGCACUCGCUCUGCGCCGGCAUGGGCUUGCUCUCACUCUCUCUCUUCGGCUCAGCUUCUACCAUAUUCAAGCGUCUGUCACAGCCAUAGUAACGCUAUGGGUCACCACCGGCGUUCAUUUGAGAAUGUCUCUGAUUCAGACUUCUCGCCCAGCGACGAUGGCGACUUGUUUGACACCGACGAAAACCACGGAGUUGACUCAACUGAAGCGACGGACUUGGACCUGGAUAACUUGGAUCCGGAUGAUAGUGAUUCAGAUUUGAGUGGUGAGGACUUCGACAUUGACGACCAAGUUCAGCUCUAUCGUGGCAAUGUGCAUCCACCGGAGUAUUACAGCCGAGGGAUAAAAGAGCCGGCUCAGAGAGAUCCCUACUCACGCUACGCUCCCAAAACAAAGCUGCGCCUCAUUGAGGUCGAGGAACAGUGGGGCCAGUUCUGCACCGAAGUUCGCUUGGGCGAUCCUCGAAAAGUCUUCGAGGGAACGAAGUCGAGCGGCGCUCUUAACACGAGGUGGAAGAAUUUGCAGAUUGUGUAUAAGGUGGCGAUGAGAAAGAAGUUUGAUACACAUAUUUAUAACGAAAUGCAAGAGGUACUGCAACGCCUAGUCGUGAAACACGGACUACGCACCACGAGGCGAAGGAAUCGGUUCAUGACAGUUGAGACACUCAAGGACCAGAUCGAAACGACGUUGAGCACUACAAAGAAGUCAUUUGACCUUGGCGAGCUCCGCAUCUAUGCCGUACUUUUCCUCCUCCUCCUCUCUCCCGGUGGCUCUCGCCCAGAGUCCAUCUUGCUGCUCCGAUAUGGAGAUAUCAGAGUCACCCUCGCGAGGGACCCCGAGGGCGGACCACACAAUCUUAUGAUUAAGUUCACUCCGGAAUUCACCAAGACAUACCUUGGUGCUAAGGAAUCUGUCACUUUCACCGUGCCUGAAGGCAUUUUCCACCGGUCCUUACUCCUCAGCCCUCAUGUCUUCCUCCUAGCGCUAUUAUUCCGUCACAAAGCGUUCCUAGCGCCCCACUUGACCUCCCCAGAGGGAAUAGAGAAACUGGACAUCUACCCGGGAGAGAAUGAAUUACCUAUACCUCUUCGAAGCGACUUGAACGACAUAUAUAUAUUUCGCAAAGCUAUAAAAACCGCGACGGGCUACCAAAUAUCCUUAAACGAGGGUAACGAGCGUAUAACAUACGCCACGAUGUCCGGGUGGAUCAAAGCGAUCGGUGAAAUUUUGGGAAUCGAAUAUACCGUGAUCGCUUAUAGCCUGCGCUACGGCACAGGCAAUAAGCUUGACCAGAGCCCCAAUAUCAGUGACGCGCUGAAGAACUUGUGCCUAGGGCACGCCAACUCCGUUCCGUUCCAAAGACACUACCUCGCACGAGAGAUUUGCGCCGACACCUACGCAAUCGUCCUGGGAGAACGCCCGCAGCAGGCGCUGAUAACGCAAUCUUGUGGAAUCGCGCAUUCGAUCAGUAAGCGGCGGCCCAUUAGCCUGACACCUGAGCAGGUAGCAUCUAUCAGUACCGAUCCUCGAAUCAGGGACAUGAAGCAGAAGUUACAGAAAAUGCCUAUGAGUUCCAAAGAGCGCAUACGCGCCCUUCGCAAAAUCAAAAAUGCAAAGCAGAGGAUGAAGAAUGCUCUUCUGAGGAAGAUCAGGGAGGAGUGGACCACGCAGCAGGCCGUUGACGACAUCAAUCGCCAACUUCGUGGCGAAGGGUUCGCCCCGCAGCUGACAGAGUUUCCCUACCCGCCUCAGCAUCCAGCUCAGAAGCGAUUGGUCGCGGCGAUCACGGCUCCGGCUGAGCAGACACUCGAGAAUCAGUACAGGCGGAGAAACAAGGCCAUUCACGCAAUCAUUGCGUACUGCUCUGUGGAGGAGGGGCGCAGCCCAUGCCGUACCAGCACUGUGGCAACGAAAUCUACGAAACGUCUCGAGGAACCUAAAGCAGGUAGUCCUCUAUACGCUGCCGCGUUGUCCGUUUUCGUGCGGGACGAAAAGGAGCGGCCAAGAAGGUGCUUCAUUUGCAUCGGAAAGGCGAUGUCGCUGGCACCGGAUGAUCCUAAUGUGGAAAAACUCAUCGACGAGUUCUAUACUUCUAGCGACUUGUCCAAACACUUCCGCCGGCGUCACUUGUCUAAUCUGCGGGACAGCGACGAGAUUGAGUGCCAGGUUUGUUGCAUCCCACUAGACAACAAGAUGCAUUUGCAGAACCAUGCACUCCGAAUACACGGCACUGUGUCCUGAAAUUGGCACGGUAGCCACGGAAAAAACGGAAUCGCACAAAUUUGGGCAGCCGGCAGGUGUUUUGUCAGGAAAAAUGUGAGGUUGAUCGUGUUGCUGUGCAGCCUGUCGGCAACGGCAAGAGAACACGCAAGGGAUGCUCGGAAAUAUGGGAUCAGAUAGCACUAUACGACAGACUACACAUGAUGACUAUUGAAGAAUCCCUAAACAUAGCAUAAUGCAGAAGUACUGGUACGC